AGGCAUGGAAGAACUCUGACUCAGAGAGCAAGACGCAGGGACACAGAUUGAAUCAUCUUCAAGUGACACCCAAUAUCUGGAAAUUCAGAUGUUCGUGCAAGAUAAAGACGUCCUGUUCCCCCUUCUGGUUGUCGCCCACUCGGUCCAGGCCUCCCCGCGGACCGGAAGCGGGGUUCCACGGGAGCCGGGACAAACCAUCAGCCGGCGGGGUGGGAGGCGAGGCCGGAUCUGCAGUUUGCUGAGACUGGGCCGGGCGCGCUCAGAGGGGCGGCAGCCGGGGUGUUUCGCCGUGGUGCGGCCGGCGAGAGGGGCUUUGCCCACGCGGGGCUGGGGCUGGGGGCCGGCGCGGCGCGCGGGGCUUCCCUGCCCUCUGCUCAGUGGGUUCGGCCGCAGACUCGCCGCGCCGCGACUGGCCCCGGGGUGAGGAGGCCUGGCCGAGCGGUGCGGAAAGGGGAGAGUUUCGGCCCGGGGCAGGUGCGGGGGUCUCGGGACCCUGAGCUCGCUGAUGGCCGUCUCCGCCCCGACCGUGGCGGACAGGAAGCUGGUGGUGGUUUUCGGAGCCACAGGUGCCCAGGGUGGCUCAGUGGCCCGAACACUCCUGGAAGAUGGGGCAUUCAGGGUUCGAGUGGUGACCCGGGACACUGGGCAGAAGGCAGCAAAGGAGCUGAGGCUGCAAGGUGCAGAAGUAGUGCAGGGAGACCAGGAUGACCAGGCCAGCAUGGAGCUGGCCCUCACUGGGGCUCAUGCCACCUUCAUCGUGACCAAUUACUGGGAGAAUUGCAGCCAAGAGCAGGAGGUCAAGCAGGGAAAGCUGCUGGCUGAUGUGGCCAAGCACCUGGGCCUCCGCUAUGUGGUCUACAGUGGCCUGGAGAACAUCAGGAAGCUGACAGCAGGGAGAUUAACAGCAGGCCACUUUGACGGCAAAGGGGAGGUGGAGCAGUAUUUCCGUGACAUCGGUGUUCCUAUGACCAGUGUGAGGUUGCCCUGCUAUUUUGAGAACCUCCUCUCCUACUUCCUGCCCCAGAAAGCCCCUGAUGGAAAGAGCUACUUGCUGAGCUUGCCCAUGGGUGAUGUUCCUAUGGACGGCAUGGCUGUGGCUGACCUGGGUCCUGUGGUGCUCAGCCUGCUGAAGAUGCCAGAAGAAUACAUUGGUCAGAACAUUGGGCUUAGCACGUGCAGGCACACUGCAGAGGAGUAUGCUGCCCUACUUACCAAGCACAUUGGCAAGACUGUGCGAGAUGCCAAGACAACUCCUGAGGACUAUGAGAAGCUUGGCUUCCCAGGGGCCCAGGACUUGGCCAACAUGUUCCGUUUCUACGCUUUGAGACCUGACCGCAACAUCGACCUGACCUUUAAACUCAACCCCAAAGCCCGGACGCUGAACCAGUGGCUAGAGCAGCACAAAGGGGACUUUGCCCAGCUGUGACGUGCCCACCUCACAACCCUGAAUUCUGGGAUGGAAGGCAAGGUCAUCCUUUCUUAUGUUACCAAAAAAAGGUUUUCUAAAUAAAGCUAUUGUUCUCACAGAUGGU